CAUCAGCUGCCGCAACCGCCGCGCCCGGAGCCCCAACCACCAUGAGCGGCAGAGUCGGCGAUCUGAGCCCCAAGCAGAAGGAGGCACUGGCCAAGCAAGAAACUUCGACCUGCAGAAGUCUGAGGCCAUGCUCCGGAAGCACGUGGAGUUCCGAAAGCAAAAGGACAUCGACAACAUCACAAGCUGGCAGCCUCCAGAGGUGGUCCGGCAGUAUCUGUCAGGGGGCAUGUGUGGCUAUGACCUGGACGGCUGCCCCAUCUGGUACGAUGUCAUUGGACCUCUGGAUGCCAAGGGACUGCUCCUCUCAGCCACCAAACAGGACUUGCUCAAGACCAAGAUGCGGGACUGCGAGCGGCUACUGCAGGAGUGUGCCCGCCAGACUGAAAAGGUGGGGAAGAAGGUGGAGACCGUCACCCUGAUUUAUGACUGCGAGGGGCUUGGUCUCAAGCAUCUCUGGAAGCCUGCGGUGGAGGCCUAUGGGGAGUUUCUCUGCAUGUUCGAGGAAAACUACCCUGAAACGCUGAAGCGUCUUUUCAUUGUUAAAGCCCCCAAGCUGUUUCCUGUGGCCUAUAACCUCAUCAAACCCUUCCUGAGUGAGGACACGCGCAAGAAGAUCAUGGUCCUGGGGGCAAACUGGAAGGAGGUUUUACUGAAAUAUAUCAGCCCUGACCAGCUGCCUGUGGAGUAUGGGGGCACCAUGACUGAUCCUGAUGGAAACCCCAAGUGCAAAUCCAAGAUCAACUAUGGGGGUGACAUUCCCAAGAAGUAUUAUGUGCGAGAUCAGGUGAAACAGCAGUAUGAGCACAGUGUGCAGAUUUCUCGAGGAUCCUCCCACCAAGUGGAGUAUGAGAUCCUCUUCCCUGGCUGUGUCCUCAGGUGGCAGUUCAUGUCAGAUGGUUCCGACAUCGGUUUUGGGAUUUUCCUGAAGACCAAGAUGGGGGAGCGGCAGCGGGCAGGCGAGAUGACAGAGGUGCUUUCCAACCAGAGGUACAAUGCCCACCUGGUCCCUGAGGAUGGGACCCUCACCUGCACUGAUCCUGGCAUCUAUGUCCUGCGGUUCGACAACACCUACAGCUUCAUUCAUGCCAAGAAGGUCAGUUUCACUGUGGAGGUCCUGCUUCCAGACAAAGCCUCAGAAGAGAAGAUGAAACAGCUGGGGGCAGUCACCCCAAAGUAAUGCCUCUUCCCACAGCAGGUGUGGCUCCCGCAGUGUCUCCCUGUCAGUUUCUGUCCCCUGUAACAGUCAUUUUCCCAGUACCCAGAUGCCCAAAAAAGCCGGGCUACAAGAAAGACCUUGGGCUGGAUUUGGGGAGCUUUCAUUUCAGAAUUAGGAAGAGGGGGAGCAGCAGGAGAGGGUCUCCUUGCCUCUCAAAUUACUCAGGAGUCCCCAGGGGCUGGGCACCAUGAUAGGAUCUACCAUCCUAUAAGCUGUGCCAACUUCACCUGUCCAGUGAGAGCUGAGACAGGAAGGGAUGGGGUGGGGAAGAUGCGGGUGGCAGCAGGGCAGAAAUUAGAAAAGUGGGGAGAGAUGGAGACCUAACACUUCAGGGAACCCAGCUGUAGGGAACUUGCUCCCAAAUGAAAAUGUUAAGUCUAGAUCAUUAUGAGGAGUAGCAAGGUAGCAGGUUGCUAGAGUUAUGGUGGGGGUCAAAGUCUCUUCUAGACUUUCUGUCUCCAAGGCUGGGACCUUUUGGCUUUUCCCACCAGGUUUCAGGGAUGGCCUGAGUCAGUAUAGCUCUUCCCACUCAGGGGUAGACAGGGAGGCCACCUCAAGACUUCCACAACUCUUGGGACCC